GAGAUGGAAAGUGAUUCAUUAUCAUAGAUGAAAAUGUCAAACUGAUGAUAAAAGAUCAGCAGUGAAUGUUAUUUGUUUAAAGGCAGGAUGCGUCCUGAGUUUUGAGUGUCUGAGGUAAAGCGCAAACAUUCAUCUGUAAUUUAGAGGAACAUUACCCAUGAACAGAGAUAAAUACAAGGGUUUAUUGCUAAUAUAGAGGGGGACUUGCGAUCAUAACUCAACCAUAAGACAACAAACUGUAUAUAUCUACCUGUCCACUUACCUCAUGGCCCACUGACUCCUGGAACAUCCCAGUUAAUCAUUUACUCCUGAUGGGCUUUGUUUUGACGUGGAUCAAUACUGGUCAUAAGCACACCCACACACACACACACUCGAACAGACAAAUAAAGAGAGAGUGUGGUACACAUCACAGGACAUGCAGCCCCAUACGGUGAAGGAACACAACGAUCAUACAGGUUUAGAUUAACCAGGCAGACAUGAAGGGAAAGGCAUCUAAGCAAUGAACCACUUGGAUUUAUGUUGAGUGUCUGAUGGCUCAGUUCUUGCUGCAUCAUGAUUUACAUCCCAGGGGUGAACACCUCAGACAACAACAGCCUGACUACUGACGGCAGUGAUUCGGCUCUAUUUCACAGCAAUACUAUUAAAGUUUGUGUACUGUGUCUGCUCCUACCCAUCCCCAUCUUUGCCAUCAUGGGAAAUCUUUUGAUCAUGGCUGCAGUGGCACGUUUCCAAAGCCUUCGGACACCCACCAAUGCUUUUGUGGUUUCCCUGGCAGUGGCUGACUUCCUGGUUGCUGUGCUGGUGAUGCCUUUCAGUCUGGUGCGAUCCAUCGACGGCUGGUACUUUGGGCAUUGCUUCUGCCAAGCUCACUUCUUGCUGGACAUGUCUUUCUGUACAUCCUCCAUUUUUAAUCUCAGCUGUGUGGCGCUGGACCGAUACAUAGCAGUGUGCGACCCACUGCACUAUCUUUCCCGAAUGUCUCCCAAACGUGUGGCCCUGUUGCUGCUGCUCUGCUGGAUCCUGCCUCUGAUCAUCUCUUGCCUUUGCGUCUCCUUCGGCAUGUACACCCAGUCGCCUCCUGCUGCGGAAAGCAGCGUCACACAGCAGGAUACUCAGACCUGUCAGGCCUCCUUUCAUAUCCCCUACGCCUUUGCAACCUCAGCCAUCUCUUUCUUCAUCCCCACGGGUUUCAUGCUGUUUGCCUAUGGCAAGAUUUUCAUGGCUGCCCAGAGACAAGCGAGGUGGAUUCAUGCAAUCGAGCACCAUACUGGGCAGCUUCAGAUGAAUCAGAGCUCCAUGAGGACUGACCCCACAAGACGAGUCCAUGUGGAAAGAUAUUCUCUGAAGAAGGAAAGGAAGGCUGCUAAGACAUUGGGUCUGAUCAUGGGGGUCUUUCUGUUGUGUUGGCUUCCUUUCUUCUGUGUGAAUGUGGUCCACCCUCUGAAGGGCUACAGCAUCAACCCCCUCGUCCUGGAGGCCUCCAUGUGGCUUGGAUACGCUAACUCUUCUCUGAACCCUUUUCUCUACGCCUUAUUCAACAAGAACUAUCGUCAUGCAUUUGUAACCAUGUUGGGUUGUGGGUCGUUGGGUAGGCACUUACGAGCAGGUUUGGAAUACUCACAUUUUUUUAGGCAAACACACACUGUUGUUACCUUAGAGACUAUUUCAAGAUGAUCAUUCAAUGUUAUAUUUAAUUUAAACAUUUUAAGAGUAGGGUUUGAAAGUCCAGUCUAAACAGAAAUUGACAAAGAAACCUCACCACAAGGUCCAUCCAGUUGCUGUUCUGAGUUUUUGAUCUCCAGAUCAGCUAAAAUGGAAAUUUGAAUAUCUAUAAUUGAGUAGCGGUGUUUCCAUUAACCUAUUAUCGCAUCAGAAAAGCUUAGUGGAAAUGUGAAAAUUUGAAAACACUUUUAUAUAUGUAUGUAUUACUACUUAUGAAAAAACUUCUGUGGAAUGGAAAUGCAUUUGUCACAUAAAUGACGUAGCGAAUGUUUAACUCAUUCACUCAGAACAUUUACAACUUGCCCAAUUGAAACAAAUUCCUGAAGAUCUCUCUCCAUUUUUCUCUCGUCAAGGCAAUAUAACUAUUUGUUUUGUUUCCAGUUGGCAACAUCUACUUCUUCUACUCUGGUUACUGGUGGAUUAUUUAAGCCUAUACCACCAUCUUCUGAUCUUUUGUCUCCCCCAUUUACAUCUUCUGACGUAGCCUAGUUUAUUCACUUCAAACCAGUUGAUGGAAAUACACUUAAUUCCCAUUUUCCUUCCCUUUUUUCAAAAGUUUGUUUAAAAUUCUCUUGCGAAUCUAAUGGAAACACGAUAGUGACAACUGGGCAAACUCUUUCUGUUGAGGAAGAUUGUGAGAUACAAUCAAAAGCAACAGCUACUAACUGGACCUUAUGGUGGGAUUGCUUUGUCAGAUCCCAAGAGGAGUGUCAGACAAUGCGGAGACCUUCCUGUAGGUUGCAUAAUUGUAAA